AUGGCCGAGCCGUCCACCCCGUCGGGCCGCCACCGCAUUCGCGGAUUUCUGAGCAGCCGCAAGCGCAAGUCCCGCCACUCGCACGUCGCCGACGUGCCCCGCACCAGCGCCAGCGCCAGCGCUAGCAUCACCAGCAGCCUCACGUCCGAGCCGGCGUCGCCCGUGCCCAUCGCCAUGGAGGGCUCGCUCAAGAAGCGCCUGGCCAAGAUGCCGGUCAUGCACGACCGCUACUGCGUGGCCACGUGGGAGCUGGACGCCGACGACCACAAGUGCGUGAUGCUGCGCAGCUACAAGAGCCGCCGCGCGUACGACGCGCACCCGGAGAAGCCCUCGAGCGUGCACCAGAUCAAGUGCAUCAGCGACUGGGACGGCAAGACGGGCUUCCACCGCUACCAGCACGCCUUCACCAUGGAGACGCGCGACAAGAAGCUCUUCCAGUGCGUGGCGCCCUCGGCCGCCGACAAGGACAAGUGGCUCGAGCUCAUGGCCAUCCAGUCGGCCUUCCAAGGCGGCCGCGACAUGCGUCUGGGCAGCGUCGGCAGCCUCGUGCCGCUGCGCCGCACGCAGAGCGUCGAGUCGGCUGUGGACGAGAACGGCAAGCCGCGCGCGUAUACGGGCGCCUCGAGCGGCAAGCCCCGCGGCGAGAGCGACGUGAACGCGGACCACUCCACGGACUCGGAGGACCAGGGCCGCUUCCCGGGCCACGACGGCCUGUUCAGGACCGAGUCGGACGCGUCUGCGGCCUCGCUGGAGCUGCCGAACGGCGACAAGAGCGAGCCUGCGGACUGGGGGCUCUACGGAGAGGCCAGCGGAGAGGCCACCACGUCCAAGUACGAAGUGCAGGACAACGCCAAGCCCGUUCUGCUGGACAAGGAGCUGCUGGACGCGCGUGGAGAGACCAAGACGCUCGCCACCGACUCGUACUUGUUCGAAGAGGGAGGCGCCAGCAGGUUCGGCGCUGUGGUCGUCAAGGGAGCGCCUGGAAGUGACGAGGACGAGGACGCCGAGUUCGUGGACGAGGAGUUCGCGGCCCGCGAGGCCCGCAAGGAGAACGAGAAGAACAUGAAGCGCCGCGCGCAGAAGCUCGAGUCCAACCGCGACCUGUACGCCGAGAUGGCGGCCGCGAGACUCGCGACCAUGCGCAAGGAUGCGCGCCACCCGAAGAAGAGCCGCAGUCACAGCCACAGCCGUCCGUCCGCUGGGAGUGAUGAGAGCGACGAGGAACAGCAUGACGAAGACGAGUCCAUGGUGAUGGAAGGCGAUGUUGAUGUCGAGGGCAUCGCGGAGCUCGAGGAGAUGCACCAGCGUCGCAGCAGCCGCAGCCGUCGCAGCUCCAAGAGCCACAAGAAGAGCUUCGUCAGCAACAGCGAGAACACCAACAGCAUCAAUGGCGGAUACGCCAGUGGCGAGGAUGAAGAAGAGGAGGAGGAAGAAGAGGUUGAGGGGGAGCAGGCACCCAUCCCAGUGGUUGUUGCGACUGAUAUGACUGAGGCGGAGAGUGCAGAGGCCGAGGAGCUCCGCCUGCUCAAGAAGAAGUACCGUGCCGAGCGUCGUGCCAAGAAACGUCUGCUAAAGGAGAAGGAGGAAGAGGAGCGGACUGCUCUCGAGGCCGCUGAGCUUGCUCGGGCCCACCGCGAAGAGCAGCGUGCUCGUGAAGAGGCCAAGGCCCGUGAAGAGCAGGAGAAGCGCGACAAGAAGGAGCGCCGCGAGAUGAAGGAGAAACUGAAGCGCGAGAAGGCCAAACAGCGACAGGCAGAGGCCGAGCUGCGGAAGCUGGUAGAGCUCAAGCAGGCCGAGGAGGAGCGUCGGGAGCGUGAGCGCAAGGAGAAGAAGGAAAGGAAGGAGAAGAAGAAAACCAAGAAGAAAGAGAAGUACACGUCGCCUGCGGAGCGUAUCCAGAAGAAAGAGGAGCGCGACGCCGAGCGUGCUGCAGCAGCUGCUGCAGAGGUUGAAGCUAUAGCCGAGGUCUCGAAUGCACUGGUCGUCGUGGAGACGCCGCCGGAGCCGCAACCAGCUCAACAGCCUGUCGCGGCACCAGAGCCAGCUCAGCAGCCGCCUGCGGCUCCGGAGCCCGCGCCGGUGUCGGCGCCCAAGUCUGCCUCUUCGUCCGUCCAGACUGAAGCUCUCCCGGCCAUCGAGCAGAUCGCUGCCCCUGCUCCUGUGGUGGGCCCUGCCGUGGCUGUCGCUGCUGCUGUCGCCCCUGCUUCUGCACCAAACAGCCAGGGAGCAGCAGGUCAACCGCACGUCAUGCCGAUGUACCAGGUCGUGCCGCCUCCGUUCGUGCCGUCGUACCCGGCAGGCCCGCAGAGCAUGCCUGCCUACGGUCUAGCAGCCACGUUUGGUGCGUACCCUCCGAUGUACCCAGCUCCAUACAGCUAUGGCGCGCCCGUGGGGCCGCAGCCUAGCUUUAUGCGUCCGAACAUGGGGUUCGUGGCCGGGCUAAGUGUCCGUAAGGCUGCAGGACCUGAACCGGCACCUUCAAGCCAGGAAGAGCCCAUGAUCGGUCCGCAACUCCCGACCCCGGAAGAGCGCGCUGCCGCCUCCUCGUCAGGCAAAAGCGCGCCUCCUUCCCCUCCCCCUCCUCCGCCCUCUUUUGGCGCAAAGUUGACAAACCUGCCGGAGCUGCCGGACGUGGUCGAGUUUUAA